UAGCCGUUCAAAAAUAAUUAAAUUUGACAGCUGCAAAUUGGCAAUUUUGAAACCUUCUAAGUGUUUCAUAUGUCUUCAUUUUACCAUCACUGAAUUAAAUAAUAAUGUCAUAAUAAAAAUCAGAAUAAUAAAUAUUUAUAGUAAAAUUCCUUCAGCUUGAAACACGCUCGGUUCAAGCUUUGUAUGUACGACUUAUCUGGUUCAGCGUUUCCCAGUGUACGAUCCGAGAUGGAAAGUGAAAAAUACACUGCCGAAGUCGCUGGUAGCAGCCGCGAUGACAACUGGCGACGGAGAUGCGGCUGUCUCAAAACCAGUGAGAAGUUAAAAAAGAUACUGGAGACAUUCCCUUCUGCGCCUCCACCCACACCUAUUGAAGAAGUGUCGUAUAUCCCACUAAAACACACGUGCAUAUCGGCGUACUGUAGCCAAGUUCAUCAUCCGCCGUUUAGCCAAAUUCAGGAAUCACCUCGACCGAGAUUGAAAUCUUUGGAAAGCGAUACAAAAUUAAAACAGGAUACGUGCAAAACUGUUCGAGUGUUGAGGGAGCUGGUACAACUAUUGCAGUUCUCUGUGACAACUACGGCGGUGGCAAUAUACUACCUCAUAUAUUGUUAUAUGCAACUUAUAUAUUAUACACUUUGGAGCGCUAUUUACUUCCACAAUGCGGACGGGCCUAUGAAACUAACAAUUGCACUAAUAGCGAUCACAUCAAUUGUGAUAUUUAUUAAUUUAAUAUACAAGUUGGAGAAAUUUAUCGGCACUGGAUUGAUGGAAUGACUAAAAUUCUGGAGUAAUAUUGCAGAAAACCUAAUAACACAAUUGGAUUUUGAGAAUAAAUCUAUAGAACAAA